AUGGUUGGAAGCAAGCGCACUAGGAGCAAGACUGCCGCAAUGGCUCAAUCCGUGACGGCCCAAAGCCACUCUUCCCAUGAUCCCGCGGUCGACGUGGUGGCUCCACCACCUCAUGCAGCCAUUAACCCGCAACAAAACCUUGCUACCGCACCACAGCUGUCACCCCAUGUGGCUGGAACCACUACAAUCAAGAAGAAUCCUAGCCACCAGUUCAACCUGUGCAAAAAGCCCAAUGAAUCCCUUCAAGAUUAUAUCAAGAGAUUCAAAGCAGAAAAGGCGAAAAUUGUAGGGUGCGAUGACCAAAUUGCGUCCUUUGCUUUCAAGAAUGGUCUUCCAGUGGAGCAUGACUUAUACCGCGAGCUGACUAUCACUCCCAGCCAGACUCUGGCAGAGGUCUUUGCGACUGCGAAAUGCCAUGCGCUCUGGGAUGAAGAUCGAAUUGUCGUGAAGAAGUUUACCAAGCAGGAGGAUCAGCCAACCAAGUGCUCAGGCCAAAGAAGCGAUAGGUUUAGUAGCAGGGACAAAGACAAACGUAGAUCGCACCCAAGGAGAUGCUACGACAGAAGAGAACUACACCAAGUUCUUCAUCCUCAUACAUCAAAUCCUAGCCCAUGUGAAGGACAAACCUUGGGUAAGAAGACCGUCACCCUUGAAAGGAGAUCCGAACAAGAGGGAUACCAGAAAAUAUUGUGCCUUCCACGGGACGUCGUCCAGCAAAUUGAGAACCGCGAUACCACCAAAGAGCCACCCCAGAAGGUCAUAAGGAUUAACACAAUCCUAGUCGACUCCGAGGAGUCCGGGCUGACUAGCAAAGAAAAGAAGAGGAAGAUUAAACAUGCCACUAUGAUCUCCCAAGUCUCAACUAGACUCCCACUAGCAGAAGACAAUCCUGUGAUCGACUUCCAAAAGAAAGAUCUAAUCGACCUUGAUCUACCACACAACGAAGCCCUUGUCAUCAACAUUCAAAUCACUCAGGCCAUGGUCGACCGAAUCCAUGCAGACGAGGGCAGCACAUCUAAUAUCCUACAACUAGCAAUCAUUCAACAAAUGGGCUUAGAGACAAAGAUCAAUAAAUCAACCAGGUUAUUAACCAGCUUUAAUAGCGCAACAAAAGUUACCGUGGGCAUGAUAAAACUCGACGUUUAUUCCCUACCUGUAAUCAGCUCACAAACAUUCAUGGUCAUUGAUGAAGUCUCCCCUUACAACGGCAUUCUAGGCAGACCAUGGAUUGGCAAGAUCAACGCCAUCACCUCCCCCUCACAUCAGAAAAUCCUCUACCCAAUCCUUGGGGGCGGUGUCGGUCAGAUCAACAGAGAUCAGAUAAUGGAGGUCUCUAUUGAAGAAGGAUGGAAGCCCGAAGAUGAUGUCGAGCUAGUACCCCUUGAUCUUGACAAGCCAGAGAGAAAAGCGUGGAUCGCCUGGGGCCUAAGCCAGGAGGAGAAGGUAGAGCUUGUAGCUUUCUUCCAGAACAACAAAGACUUAUUCGCAUGGUCACCAUCCAACAAGCCAGAUAUCAAUCCCCAGAUCAUCUGCCAUCAUCUACACGUCAACCCAGCUAUUAAGCCUAUAGCGCAGAAGAGACCCAACUUUUCUCCCAAGCGGGUUGCCAUAAUUGAGGCCAAGAUCGACAAUCUCCUAGCUGCCGAUUUCAUUAAAAAAGUCUUCUACACAUAA